AUGAAGUUGCCCUUUAGCACCGCGCUUGGCCUUCUAUUCCUCUGUUCCUCGUCCAUUGUAACAUCCCGCAAUGUGUUCCGGACAGAUGUGAGCCGAGAAGAUUUUGAUUUCAACGAUUUGCGACAACAUGCGCCUGUGAUCGAGUCGCCCAAAAUUCAUCGAUUGGACAAGCGGAAAGGCGGGGGCGGAGGUGGGGGUGGGAGGGGCGGAGGUGGAGGCGGCGGAAGUGGGAGCGGGAGCGGCGGAAGUUCUGGAGGCCGGUCUGGGGGCGGAGGCAGACCCGGCGGGGCCCCUGCUGGUACCAGGCCCUCAAGUAAUGCUGGCGGCGCUUCUCGAUCCGGCUCCGGUACCCCCCGUAACUUUGGCGGCGGCGGGUUUUAUGCUGGCGGUGCCAGAGUCCCAUACACGGCUGGCAGACGCUCUCCCGGAGGCCUAGUUCCAUUCUUUCUCCCAGUAGCUCUGCUCGGGUUUUUCCCCGGCCUCUGGUUGUUCGGAGCCUACGCCUACUCCAUGAACCAUGGCUACUCCUAUCGCAAUCGCACAACUAACCGCAAUGAAAGCAUUCCGAUUGUCUGCUUGUGCCAGGAACACUCGGUUUGCGGGUGCGACGACAACAAUAAUAGCACGUAUAUUGACUCUAUUCUGAGUGAUAAGGAUGAAAAUGGUUUGCCACGCAACUCGUCCGUCGUGAAGACAGUGGAUGUGAAUGGCACAACGAAAAUUUACAUCAACGGCACCUUGCCCAACGGUACGACGGCCCCAGACCCUUCAAUAGCUGAGGGUAUGGCCAGCGGCAUUAUGCCGCCCAUUUUGAAAUUGAGUGGCUACUGGCCCACGAUUGCGAUUGUUCUGGCGACUGUUGCACUGCUCUAG